AUGGGAAUAGAAUUGAUUUUCAUUGUGAACAAAGAUAAGCUAAAUCAGAGUCUAAUGACUUGCUCUCUUUGCUAUUUGAUAUUCGUAAACCCAGUCCUUUGUAAAAUAUGUCACAAUCAUUUUUGUUAAAUGUGUCUUUAGAAGUAUCUCAAAGACAAUGAUAAGAAAUGCCCAGUGGAUAAGACUAUUUUGAAGGCGGAUGAUAUUUUGAAACCAGCUCCUCAGGUAUAGCAAUAGCUCGAAGAAGUCUAGAUUAAUUGCCAGCUAUGUAGCAAUAUCUUUAAAUUAAAAGAGAUUGAAAGUCAUGUCAAGAAAGUCCACUUGAGUGGAUCUGAUGUGAAUAGUAAUCAAAAUAGCUUAAGACAAUCAAGAUAAAUACCAGAAAAGUCCAAAGAAAAGACAAUUGGCAGAAGCAUAGAAGAUACUAUCAAAGAGACUCUAGGCACAUAAAAAUCAGUUACAUUUAAAGAUUAAAAAAAUGUAAUGCAAAGUGGUGUUAGUAAUAUGAGUGGGAAUAUUUAAAAUUUGUCCAAUUAAUUCUAAGAAAAUCCUUAUAAAACUGAAUAAUAGUAAAAAUUGAAUCAAAGCUUUCAGUCACAGAUAUAAGCUCAAUUGAAGUCUAUCUAAGAUAAUGAACCAUUAAGUAGAACAAUGAAUAAUAAGAAUAGUUUAGAUCUGCGCUACAGCACUCCCAAACCUGACUCUAACAAUGUUCUUGGCAUUAAACUUGCGUAUAACAAGGAUAGAGAUUCCCCUUUGAAAAUUGAGAGAACUGUUCAACAUUAGAAGGAGAAAUUUUUUGAGAACAUAAAGCCCAACAUUUACACUGAUAUGUUGAUUUCAACAAUUGCUACUCAAAGAUAACACUUGAAUAAUAGUGCUUUGCUAAAUAUGAAAAGCACCUCCUUAUCAAGAAAUAUGGAUUAAACACUCACAAGUGAUUAGUUACAAUAGAACCAAACUAUGAAAGACAACCUAAGUUUACUAAGCUCUAUCAAAUAUGACUCUAUUAAUGAUAAAAUCAGCUUCAUUGAGAGAAAAUAAAAGCGGUCCUAAGAGAAGGAAAAACUAAGAAAUACCUCACAUUACGUAUCUUAAUUGAGUUAUCAUGGAGUUAUUCCUGAUGACUAAUAUAUUACUUUACCAAGGAUAAUGUAUAAUCUUCCAGAAAAGAAUCCACAUCUAAGUAAUCAAAGGGUAGAAGGAGGGAGAGUAAAUGUCAGAUCCUUUAAGAUUCAAAAGUUUUAGAAUGAUCUAUUGAAAUCUUAGUUUUAAUCAAGUUUAGAACGUGCUGGAUUUACCGAUAGAAAUAUGUCUGAGGGUAAAUAAACAAACGGGGAAAUGAAAGAAUCUUAAAUGGAAUAGAGAAAGAGCCGUUCAAUGAGAGUAAAGGCAUAAUAGAAGAAAAUUAAAGACUUCGAGAGAUUAUCAGCAAUUAGAAGUUAAAAGUUCAUAAUUUGCAGGAUACCAUUAGUGGGUAAAACAACAAGAUAGAAAAAAUGGAGAAAAUAUGUAAAGAGCUAUUCAAAAGUAAGUUUUACUAUAAUCAUGGUUGUAGGGUAUAGGCAGUUUGAAAUAGACAGUAGACCUGAGUGA